AUGGAUCAUCCCAUCAAAAGUCUUCAAAAAUCAAAUCCCUUGGAAACGUUGCCCGAUACCUAUUCCUGUCGUAUGAGUGCAUCAGAAAUAGUUGAAGAUCUGAAACAGUGUUUGAAUCCUGAAAACGAGUUUAUCAAAGGUCAAGAGUUGCAACAAAUCAUAGUUUUCUAUGCAGAGCAAACAGUUGAACCUGUUGGAUGGCAAGCUUUGUGGAUGGCUGAUUCCAAGACCAGUUCCACAUUGAAAGAAAGACUUAAAAGCCCUGCAUUAAUUGAGGUAUGCAAUGUGGAUUACCAGUCAUUGGAAGCAACAGUUGAAGUUAUUGAUGAAAUGCUCGAAGAAAAAAAAACAGAAACUGUCCCGUUGACUGAACUUCAUCCUCUGAGACGCCAAGAAAAUAGUGCCAUUACCAUUGAGGCAACUCACAAUGCCAUUCAGAGAAUUCGCUUCCUCUACAAUCAUCUUCUUCUACCUUGGGAUUGUGAUAUUCAAGAAGACUGGUUUCAGUUUCAUCUGCCUGUCCGGGUUGGCAUGUUUUGUGAGCUGAGAUCAGGCAUGCUAAACCAAGAAACAGUUGUUCGAUACCAUUACCUCCUCUCAGAAGCUAAUGAAGUAGAAAAGAAAUUGCAGGCCAUGGCAUUGAAAGUUGAGUUUUCUGAAGAUGACAUGGAAGAAGAAGUGGUUGGAAAUAUUACCGAGUUAAAUUCAAAACUUGAACAAAUUCAGCAGGAUGUUGAAAUUAUUCUAAAUCCCAACACCAGAAUGCUUCUCUUUGGCGCAAAGGUGACUCGCGUGAAACGCAACGAAGAUCCAGAAGUCUUGCUGGUAGUUCAAGAUCAAUCUUGCUUAAGCCUCCACCAAACUCUGAAUAAACUUGAGUCUGAAUUCAAUCCUCAGUUGAGCAUCAGGUGCUACCCGUCUUUACAAACUGCAUUGGACGACUGCCGAAUCGACGAUAUUGUUGUAAUCUCAAAAGGGAUCCAUAAUCUCUAUAACGUGAAUUCGUUUCGCCAUGGCGGUACUUUGAUUGGAAUCGGCGCAAAAGAGGAUAUUGUAGUUCAUCCUGGUUCCAACAUUGAAGUAGGACUGACUUUUGAUGACGGAAAUGUCCUCCUAAAGAACUGCACUUUGCUGAUCAACAAUAAACAAUCGGGAAUCGCCGUUAAAGGGAGCGUGACUUUGGAAAAUUGCACAAUGCGAGGUGCGUGUUUAGCGGAUGGAACAAAAAACGGGGAUAAAGACGUUGGAUCAUGGAAAGGUUUUUACGUCGCACCACAGGGAAAACUGGUUCUCAAAGAAUGUAACGUCAUUAACUUUGAUGUUGGUUUACGAGUGAGAGCCGCGGGACAAGCAAUUCUGUCUGGUUCGGAAGUAUCUUCGUGCAAUAUUGGCAUACUAGCUGAAGAGGAAACGUCCGUUCAAAUAUUCGACUGUGAUUUGAAGCAGUGUAAAGAAUAUGCUAUUUGUGUCGAAAUGAACUCGGAGUCGAUCGGAGAAACUCUUCUUGGCGGGUUGGAGCUAUUACAGAUGGUGCCAGAAACCUUUGAGAUUCAGGAUUGCCGCUUACUCGGCAACGAGUCCAAUGUCAAGCUCGAAUAUUGAUUCAGUAAAUGUUAUCGCCAUUAUUAUUCUGCAAUAAUCUUUUUUCAAUACGUUACAUUCCAGCAUUAUCUUGGUCAAAAUUAAUACAUUUUGAAUACAAACUCAGACAAACCAACUA